GUCCGGAGGUUUUUUUUUUGCGGAAUUGUCGGAUUCACCAAGAAGAUAAUAUACUAACGUUGCGUUAGGCCUAAUUAAUUAAUAAUCAAGGACUGAAGGACAAGCCAGUCAAGAUUGUCAUUUGGACACGGUGAUUUCAACAAUGGGUUGCCAUGGAUACAGAUGGUGGUGAUCCCAUUACAGAAAAUGGCCCGACACCCGUUUCUUCGCCUGUCCUGGAGAGCCAGGAGAGUGUUAUUCCUGUAGGCUCCGAUGAAAAGACAAUUACGUACUUGUUGGUAGGACUCAGGAUGGCUGUGGAGGAUCUGUAUGCUUCGGAAGUUCUGGAGGUGAGGUUGUGCUUUUGGUUGGUCUGCUGUUUGGUGAUCCUCUGGUUGUGCAUCAUCCUGGCCUGGAAGACCUAUGGACGUGAGAUCAUGACAGUGCUUGCCGGACAGGACAAGCUGAACAGGAGUGGCUCAAUAUCAAGAGAAUCUAGCAGACAGAAUUCAGCCGAAGAUGCAUCGAUAGUGACCGAACCCCCAGUGAGCAAGAGCGAGAGAUGGCCAGAACAUGGAAAACCCCUGGAAUCUUCAGUCUCUGCCCCUCACCAUCCAAAAACAGAUUGAGACCCGGGGCCUGUAACACAAAGCUUUAUAGCAAUCAUCGUAGAACAUCUUUGACGAUUGAUUGCAUCAAAUGCAAUGUACAAAUAAUUGUGAAAAUCAAGCUUACAAUUUAUCGCCAACCUUUGUAUUACGGGACCUUGAUUGAGAAAUCUAAACCAAAAUUCUUCAAGGGUGUGAGAUGGUAGGGGCACAUGGAAGACAGUGAAUCAUUGGCCUUGGCUCAUCGAUAUCCCAAAAAGGUUGAGAACUUAUAGGGAAAUUUCAAAAAAAAAUUCUUCAAGGGCUUGAGAUGGCAGGAGCACGUGAGAGAGAUUGAAUCAUUGGCCAUGGAUCAUCGAUAUCAAAAAACAGACAGACCAGAUUGAGAAAUUGAAAACCAAAAUUCUUAAGAGUGGGAGAUGGUAGGGGCACAUGAGAGAGAUUGAAUCAUCGGCCUUGGUUCAUCGAUAUCCAAAAAAAGAUUGAGACCUUCUUGGAGAAAAUUUAAAAUCAAAAUUCUUCAAGAGCCGGAGAUGGCAGGGGCAUGUUACAGACAUUGGAGCCCCAUUUUUAUUAUUUUUGGGAAAGUCAAAAUAUCUCGAUCCAAACUUUUUACCAAGUUAUACAAAAUUAAGAAAAAAGAAUGAAAAUGUUUUGCAUGAGUUUGCAACAGUAGUGAUAUCACAACACUGCCCAGUACAUCAAUGGGUUUGAUUCAGCUUGCUUUAUCUCAAUUCGAUUUUAAGAAUUGAAUUACUUUUUUUAAGAAAGUGAGAUAUUGAGAGUAAAAUACUUGGAAUUGAAUUUUCUAUCAGCAUGGGAACUUGAUUAUAGGAAAAAAACACUCUAGGUGGAUGCAAAAAAAGAGUUACAAGUUGAAUAGUUUGAUGAUUUUAUACUUUUAAAAAAUUAUUCGGAAGAGACCAAAUAGAUCUUUACCAAAUGUUCAGUCAUUGUUUAAUGUACAUAUAUUUUAUUAGUCUUGUGGGUUUUUUUCAAUCCCAAAUCUUUGUGGAGUUGAAAAUUAUGGAUUGAAAAUGAAAUUGUAUUAAAAGAAGCUGAAAUAAUGCCUGUUUGAACUGGAAUUUAUCAGUAUAAAACUUGCUUGACCCUUCCCAAUCACUUUAAUGGAUGCGAUCAAGGGAAAAGUUGUUAUUAAAAAAAAAUCAGUUUUGCAAAAGAGAAUGCUUUGUGGGAAGAUGAAAAGUUUAUUAGCUUUUGAAAGUUCUUUUUAUAAUAUUUAAGAAGAAUACAUGGAAUCUUCAUGUAAUCCAUAAGCUGUUGACAUUGAUAUUUUUUUGUCAAUAAUCAUAAGGAAAGUAUUUAAUUUUUUUUUUCAUAUUGGGGUAAAGGUACAUUGAGUAUUAUGGAAUAUACUUAGCUUGAAUUCUAACACUGCUUGGUCAAAGUUCACAUCUCAUUAUACAUUGGAGUUGGUUUUCAUGCAAUAAUUUGAGUCAUAAUAUUUCUAAUAACUGGACAGAUUUUCGUUAUUUCAGUAAGUCAGGUACAACACGCAGUUUAAAAAUCCAAGGGUGCCAGUAAAAGUUCAAAGGUCAGAGAUCAUUAUAUAUGCAUGAAUUAGGUUUCCAUAGCAUAACUCGAGUAAAAUUAGAUUUCCAUAAUUCCUUGAGUGAAGGUAGAACAUAAUUAGCUAGAGGUCAAGUUUCGAAUCCAAGAAGACACGUAAUAUUUCAAAGGUCAGAUAUUAUUAUGUAUGCUAAAUUGGUUUCCAGGUGUCGGCACGAAGAGGACGUUAGGGGGACCUCCAUGUCCUAUAGAUUCAUAAAGUGUCUAUUUUUCAUAUUUAAACAAUAAAUAUGAACAGAAAGCAACAGAGUGCAUGUAGGGGACAAUUUUUCAGUUUUAAAUGACAAAUCCACUUCAGUAAUAGUUCAUUUGAAAAUUGUGCAUGCAUGUACACGUAGUUUCAUAAAAUAGUGAUGUACAUAACACAGGCACUAUGCAAAUGAGGUGGUCACCGAUGUCACACAUUAUCUGUUCCUUAUUUUUUCAUAUCAUGAAACAUGAAAACUGUCAUACAAUUACUUUUAUUCUAUGGAAAGCUACUUCAUUAUCAUCUAUAGAAAUUGGAAUAUUUCACACUUCAAUUAAGUGGAUGAGAAGGAGUGUGACUCAAGAUUUCUGUGACCUGAUCAUUUGAAUAAUGGAUGACUAUUCAGAAUUGACAUUGCAGCUGAAUUUAUAUCUUUGCUAUUUUUGGACAUUCUGAAAUAUUGAAUUCUUCUAGUACUUGGGUUCUGAAACUUUACAUAAUCUUGUCAAAAAAAAGUUGUGAGAGUGCAAUAAAUUGAUGUUCUUGCCGGAACCGCCGUCGAGAAGCACACAAAUUUUUAAACAAAUUAUACAAUCUGAAAUUUGGGUGCAUUAAAGCACAUAGGACAUGUAUUUAUUGGAACCUUUGGAGUUGUAAACAUAACCUUGUUAUGACUGACAAGUGCUUUGUAAAACUGUUCAGAAGUUUGUAUUACAUUUUGAAAGGCUUGAAUACCGCAACCCAUAGUAAUGAUAAUAAUACUAGCUAGUUUUUAUAUAGCGCUUUUCCCAGAACGGCUCAAAGCGCUUUAUAGCAUAUCAUUACCCCGGUCAUUGGAUUCAUUCCAAUCCCACACGAAAACUGCACAAUUUCCACUCCCUGGGGAGCAUUCCCUUCUUUUUUUCGCAGCCUCGUAAUGGCGCUGGCAAAUUCAUACAUACAAUAAAUAACUUUUGCAUCAUACCAGGUACCCAAUUAGCACCUGGGUCGAGAAUGGCAAAGUGUAGAUUAACACCUUGCCAAAGCACGCUUGAUCACGAUGGGAUUCAAACGCACAACCCUCUGUUUACAAAGCAAGAGUCAGAACCACUACACCACGGCUCUUCCACAUUGUACUGUAUGAUCGAGAAUUUAUCAUUGUAUCUACUAUUAAAUUUUUGUAUACAGUUGUAAGGUGAGAAAGGUAUAGAUACACUCUGACAGAACAAAAACUUGGGGUGUGCCUUUUGAUGCUUUGUCAUUUGAUUAAGCCAUUGAAUUUUAGUCCUGUAAUUCCAUAGGCUUUCUACAGGGAUUGAUUAAGUUCUAGUAGGCAAUGUGAAUUGGUUAAGUAAUUUAGACUUCAUAAACAGCUCCCUCUACUACUCUUAAUGUCAAUGUUCUAAGAGUUUUUAGCCUGCUAAGUGUUAAGUACAGUGAAAACUUUACAUGUAUGACGGACUCUUUACUACUCUUUAGUGUAAAUGUUUUCAGUAAAACUUUAUAAAUGUAGCUUUAUGAAGAGCUUCUACUAUUUAGUGUAAAUGUUUGCUAUACAAAAGUGUUCUUAGCCUGCUAACUGGUUAAUUACAGUGAAAUAUCUGUAUGAAGAGCGUCCUCUUCUGUUUAGUGUCAAUGUUUUCAACAUGCAAAAUUGUUCUUAGCCUGCUAAGUGCUUGCCCAAUAAAACAAGAUUUAUAUGCAAAGUGGAUAAUCACAGUUUUCCCAGGAGGGUGUAAAUACCAGCUGCCAAACAUGGAAAUAUUUUUAUUUGAUAUGUUUCAAUGUGGGAAUUGGUCAAUAUGUUAUUGAACUCCCUUUUUUCAGUGAAAUAUUUAGAUGGGGAGUAUACAUAUUGGGGUGAAAAUACACAAAGAAAUAAGAAAAAUAUCAAGUUUAUGUGAUGCCAGGAAUGAAAGUUAUUCUUUUUUCUUCCAAUGAUUUUGUAAUGUAUUCAUUUUCUUUCUUUUCUUAUACAGGAUACAUACUAACAAAGCAUGUGUUCUUUCGUUCAGAAGAAGGACAUAUAUGUUUAACCUAUGAAAACAAAACAUUGUUAUGAAUAUUCAGUAGUAUUUUUGUUUUAGAUAUAUGGAUAAGUUACAUGUAAUACUCUCCCUGUAAUUACUGAUUCCUCAGGGAUAUUUUAUUUGUUGUGGUAUUGACUUACACCUUUUUUUUUUUUUCGUUUUACAUAUUGUUGCAUCAUUGAUGAAUUUUGUAAAUGUAACAUAGUAUCUGGACAUAAACUUUUAUUUGUUUGAUAUAUAUGUUGCCUUUAUACUGUGUGAGUAAAAAAAGAUGACAUCUCAUAAAUCCCCAAUUUAAGGACAAAACAUGUCAUGAACACAUAAUUAUCAUAUAUGAUCUGAAAGAGUAUCUUCUCCUAAAUAGUUUGAUACCAUAUUUAUGUGUUAUGUCUUCACGUUUGGAUUAUCAGGAGGUAUUUUCCACUGCAUUGAAUGAAUCCAGAUGACAAAGAUAUCAUGAUGAUCCUACAUGAGUCAGUAAACAUACUUCAAAAUCCCUUUUCAGUGAAUGAUACUAAACAGUAUUAAACCAUUCUAAUGUUGAAUUGAUACUAUAAAGUUUUAAACCAUUCUAAUGUUAAUUAUUGAAAAUGUGUUUUGCAAUUGUUUUUAAUGCAACCCUUGUAGGAUUAUGAUAUUGACGUCUAGAUUCAUUAAUUACAGUCAUGCCCUUCUUUGGUGCAAAUCAAAAUUUCCAUUACUGCAAAGAAUACCUAUUGAUUAUCCAAGCGUGAAGACAUAACCCAUAAAUAUGGUACCAAAUUAUUUGGGAAGAGAUACUUUUUUCUGGCCAUAUAUAAUGAUUAUGUGUAUAUACCAUAUAUUCUCCUUAAAUUGGGGAUUUGUGAGGUGUCAAGUUUUUAUUUACUCACACGGUACAUGUAGAGUUAUGAUGAACUUGCGUUUAUUAGGUACAUGGACUGUAUAUAUACACCCAUGUAAGGUGUGGUACAGAACGGAAGCUUGAACGUAAAAUAUAUAUCUAUUACAAAAUAGAGCAUUUUAACGUGAAGAAGACUGACUUAUUAAUGCCAUUUUUAAAAAUGGAACAAAAACUGAUAAAAUGACCACCAAAAUAAAACAUAUUUUGCAGAAGACCUGUUAAAAAUUGCCAAUGGCUGAGCCAAUUGACAUGACAAGCAUGCCCUGUAUACUUUUACAAAGUAAAAAUAAAAUGCAACCCUGGGAUGAUAAUUUUUUUUCUUUCAAUUUUGAAUUUUUUCUUUAGUAUUAUCUCCUUAAAACUUUAAUGCCUGUGUAUUUCAGGUUCCCAAACAUGCUAAAGGCCUUUUAACAAUCAUGUAUGUAAACACAAAUUCAAUUAAAAUGACAACAUUGGAACUAAAUAAUUCACUUAUCACUGCCAGUUCGGGAUCUGUAUAGAUUUAGAAGGAAAAAAACAUUUGAAAUAUUUUUAAAUAAUGUUAUGUAUAUUCUAUUUGAAAUUUGUAUCUUUUUUGUGCUUCCAUUCAAAGGAAUUUAUUUCAAGGGUUUAGAUUGUGCUAAGGUCACAUGUUUGUGCAUACAGCUGUCUAUUUGUACGCUCUACAUGUAUGUACAUGUAUGCAGCCAUACCCAACAACACAUUAAUCACCCUAUUUUGAAUCUAGCUCAUAGUAUGUAAAUGAAUUGAACGGCAUGAUUAAUUUAUUCACGGCAGCUCCCGCAGCCACUAACAGUGUGCGAGCUAAAGCGUAACCGUGUAUCAGGGCUGCUAGGUCUCCUUGAUUUCAUGGAGACUCCUUGGAAAUUGAACGAUUUUCGAGUGGAAAACUGCAGAUUUUCAACAUCUCCCUGACUCAUACAUUCUUUCCUAUCAUUGGAUUUUGUGUAAUUCAGAAAGAUCUCCCUUCUUCCUCUGUAAAUUCUCCCUGAAGGGUGAAUAAUAAAGUUGCCACCACUGCACGUAGCAGACACGCGAAGCACAAGCUUUAGCAACAAGCUAUAAAAAGAGGCAAUUUUUUGUAUCUUCUAAUUCAUUGCAAUAGUUAAACAAAUAUUGAAACUAACAAGCGAAUAGACCGUAAAAUCAGUCUAUUUCAGUCAGGAUGUGCUCUGCUGAGACUUAAGUCUGGCUUUGCAGCAUCCCUUUCCCCUCCAUAUGUGUAGGAGAACUAAGAAAAAUCUGAAAAUGUUAAACUCCUCCAAAACAGCGGACUUUUCAGUCUAGUAGUAGCACUGGCCUACACAAAGUACUUUACUAUGUUAGCAUAUUUCAAUGAGAUUUAUCGUGUAGUUGAGUGCAUUGUAUGUUGCAUUUGAGCAAUACGCCUGCUCACCAUCUACAAACUGAAUGUGCUAAGGUAUGAUUAGCAUUUCCAUUUUUUUAUUGGUCUAAUGCCAAUUCGCCCAAUUACCAACUCAUCUUGUAUCAAUUUGUCCACUGUCCACAUGGUCUACUAGCCAUUUCGUCCACUCACCAUUUCGUCUAAUAGUCACAUGGUCCAAUACCCAUUUAGUCCAUAUACCAUUUGGUCUAAUUGGACUUACAUGUAGUGUUAACUUAGGUGAAAUGAAUGAAAAUAAAAUGGAUAACUGGUUAUAACAUGACAUGGUCAUAGAAUGUACACUAACUGGUGAUUAGACGAAGUGAUGAUUGGACCAAAUGGUUGGUAGGCGAAGUGUUGAUCGACAGAAUGGCAUGUGAGUGGACGAGUUGGCGGUAGACGGAUUGGCAAUUUACCGCAUUUCCUUUUUAUAACUGAAUUAUAUUGAUACCAUUGACACAAUAAAGAACAAAUGAUACAUGCAAGGUGAAUAAGAUUUCAAAUAAAUGUAUUUCAAGAAAA